AUGAACAUAUUUGUAGUACUCUUUUUAGGCUUGAGUCUGAACAAUAAUCUGUGUCUCGGAGGGGACACCAUUUCUUUGAAUAAAUCUCUUUCAUUUGGCGAAACAAUAGUCUCUUCAGGUGAGAAAUUUGAGCUUGGUUUCUUCAAACCAGGUAAUUCUUUCAACUACUAUAUAGGCAUAUGGUACAAGAACACUAUUUUAUGGCAAAAUGUUGUAUGGGUAGCAAAUAGGGAUAAACCACUUGAUUAUGGUACUGCUAACUUAACAAUUCUUCAAGGCAACUUGGUGCUUAUCGAUAAAUUUCAAGGCAUAGUUUGGUCAACACAUGUUGCUAGAACUAUAACUCCAAAUAAUUCAGUCGUCGUAGCAGUUCUUCAUGACGAUGGAAAUUUGAUUUUGAGUUAUAAUUCAAAUUCAUCAACACCCUUAAUACUUUGGCAAAGUUUUGACAACCCAACAGAUACAUUAUUGCCUGGUGCUAAGCUUGGAUAUGACAAACAUCGUAAUACACUAAGGGAACAGGUUCUGAUAUCAUGGAAAGCUAUGAGCGAUCCAACACGAGGAUUGUAUUCUCUAGAACUAGAUCCAAGGCAUGCCCGAUUUGUUAUAAAAUGGAAUAGGACUAAAGAAUUCAUGGAAUGGCCAUACGUUCAGCCCAUUACCUGA